UUUCCGGUUGCCAACACACGGGGUUGCGGUGCGGGGCGAGGUUGACGUUUGACCGCGUAGCAAGUGAAAGUGUCACGUCGUUCGGUGUUCUGUCAGAAAUAUUUUUGUUUCUAUUUAAAAGUCUUAUUGGCUACUAAUUGAUAUAGGUUAUUGCCGGGAAAAUGGGUGUAAAACCUGCAAUAGGAAGAAAAUCUAACAAGAACCCACCAAUUUUUAGCCACGACUUUGUAAUACAGAACCAUGCUGACAUAGUUUCAUGUGUUGUUAUGUUGUUUUUAGUCGGACUUAUGGUGCAGUCGACAAGUCCCGUAGCAAGUUUAUUCAUCAGUCUUCAUCAUAAUGUCAGUGGCGUCGAACCAACGCGAGAGUCUCCAAAAGGAGAACCCUUUUUCUAUGAAGCUGGAUGGAAAGAUGCAUGUGCAGUAUUCUUUUAUUCACUCGUCUGUAUUGUGAUGCAUGCUAUACUUCAAGAGUAUUUCUUAGAUAAAAUAUCAAAGAAAUUUCACCUUUCAAAAUCACGACUGAGUGCGCUUAAUGAAUCUGGACAAUUGGUUGUGUUUCAUCUGGUGACUCUCCUUUGGGGAGGCGAUGCUAUUCUACGGGAAGGUUUCAUCUUCAACAUAUCACAGCUGUGGGACCGUUAUCCUGAGCACCCUAUGAGUUUCUUGUUAAAGUUAUGGUGGAUAGUACAAGCUGCAUACUGGAUACACACCGUCCCUGAGUUGUACUUCCAGCGUAUUAAGAAAGAUGAAUGGGCAGGACGUAUCAGACAUGCUGCUGCGGCCUUCGCUUUUGUGGCAUUGGCUUAUGGAUUCAAAUUUCAGCGAGUGGGAGUGUCUUUAAUAGUACUGCACUCACUGGCUGAAUUUGUGGCCCACAUCUACCGUCUAAACACCAUUCUUAGGGGAGAACGGGAAGACUUUUUAGAUAAAUUUGUAAGUUUGGUGAAUGGCAGUGUGUUUGUGAGUGUGCGUCUCUGUUCGCUCGUCUUGGGCGUGCUUACGUUCUACUUCGGGCUUGCUGGUGCCGCGCCACUGUUGCUACGAGUCGCUGCACUCUCUUUACUUGUCUCCUUCCAGGUGUACUUAAUGUACAAUUUUAUAUCUGAGGCGAUAAAACAGAGACAAGAGUCGCGACAAGUAGCACAGAGCAAGCCUAAAAAAGAGAAGAAGGAGAGACCUAAAAAAGAGAAAGUGAAGAAAAUCGUGAACGAGGACUCAGACCUGCCCGAGGUGGACCAGAACACAAACAAGACGUUGCGACAACGACAGGCGGCCGCCGCCGCUAAGGCGAAGUGAGGGCGUACAUUCAUCUACUUACAGUUGACUCUAAUCAUUUCAAUUUGACUCUAAGCUAAACGUGUUAAGUUGUUCUCAUCUCAAAACUGAGUCUUUCCACAACUAAAUCUCAUUUUCUUCCUUAAGUCUUACCAUCAACUAUUGUCGAAGCACAAAAUGCGAAGACAGACUGUUUGAUAGCAUUUACGCGUAAUUAAAAUUUUGUGAGUUGAGUUAUCAUACCUUGUUAUAUUUAUGUAGACAUAAUAAGACUUUGGGACAGAACUAUGAACUCUAUGAAAAUUAUUAUUUGUACUAGCUUAAAACAUGGAAACAGUUUGUGGCGUUGAAUUUUUUUAUAAUAUAAAAUUAUGGUUUCAAGCAUUUUAAAAUCUACAUUGAUUCAGACUGCGAAACAUACUAUCGUAAUUAAACGUAUAGUGGAUACAGGGUUGUAAAAAUAUCUCCUAAAGUGUAAAAUAAAAUGAACUCUAGGUUAAAAUGUUGUUUAUAUGAAUAUAUUGAAUAAGAAUUAUGAAGUAUUGUGUGUUCAUACACAUUAAACGAUGAAAAUUCCAUUUUUUGUUUGCAUUUUAAUAAAUAUAUAUUGUUUCUAAAGGAUUCCGGUACAGAUUUAUUUUUAUAGUUAAAUUGUGGAAACUUCUACAUUUAUUUUGCUGAUUUAUUUAAUACUUUCAAUUUAUUUAAAAUUAUUUGGUGCUCAUCAAAUAAUAUAUUUUUUACUCAAUGUUUUCAAUGACCUUAAUGUAUAUCAUUCAAGCAGGUAAAUUGAGACUUUCUUUGAACUACACAAUGAGAUUAAAUAAAUUGUUAUUCUUAAAUGUGAUACAAUAAAGGAAAUUAUACUUUCUACUGUGAAUUCUGCUCAUAAAUUAUUAUAUCAUUUUCAUGAAAAUUGUCAAUUUUAAAUGCUUGAUGUUAUUAUUUCUAAAUAAAUUUUGUAAGAUUAA